AUGGCGGUGGCGGCGCUGCCGCAGGCGAUGGACGCGCUGUCGCGGCGGGCGACCAUGCUGCGGGACUCGCUGCGGCGGAGCCAGGGGAACACGGACGGCAUGGUCGCCAUCCUCGGCUCCUUCGACCACCGCCUCUCCGCGCUCGAGGCCGCCAUGCGCCCCACCCAGGUGAGGACGCACGCGAUCCGGACGGCGCACGAGAACAUCGACCGGACCAUCAAGGCCGCCGACGGCAUCCUCUCCCAGUUCGACCUCGCCCGCCGGGCUGAGGCAACCAUAUUGAGGGGCCCCCAUGAGGAUUUGGAGAGCUACCUGGAGGCAGUGGAUGUGCUGAAAGGCAUCGUUCGCUUCUUUUCCUCGAAUAAGAACUUCAAGAGCAGUGAAGGAGUUCUGAAUCAUGUCAACAAUCUGUUAGCUAAGUCUACUCUGAAGAUUGAAGAGGAAUUUAAGCAGCUGAUGGGUACAUACAGCAAACCUAUCGAGCCAGAUCGCCUGUUUGACUGUCUACCCAAGUCUCUGCGGCCAACAAAAGGUGAUCACGAGGCCGAUGGAGGCGGCCGUUCUGAUCAUCCAUCCAAAGGCUUGGAGACUGCCGUAUACAGGACCCCAACACUAAUUCCUCCCAGAAUAUUGCCUCUCAUGAAUGACAUAGCUCAACAGUUGGUUCAGGCUGGAAAUCAGCAAACUUGCUACAAAAUCUACAGAGAUUCCCGUGCUUCAGCACUAGAAGUGAGCCUUCGGAAGUUAGGAGUGGAAAAGCUUACCAAAGAUGAUGUGCAAAAAAUGCAAUGGGAGGCUUUGGAGGCUAAAAUUGGAAACUGGAUACACUUUAUGCGAAUUGCGGUCAAAUUAUUACUAGCAGGGGAAAGAAAAAUCUGUGAUCAGAUUUUUGAUGGUGUCAACUUUAACAAGGGCCAUUGUUUUGCUGAACUGACAGCAAAUAGUGUUAUAACUCUUUUCAGCUUUGGAGAUGCUGUUGCUAAAAGCAAAAGGUCCCCUGAAAAGCUGUUUGUGUUGCUCGACAUGUAUGAAGUAAUGCGUGAACUUCAACCAGAGAUUGAGGAAAUAUUUGAAGGCAAACCUUGCACUGAGAUGCGUGAAGCUGCAUCAAGCUUAACAAAGCGAUUGGCACAGACUGCUCAGGAAACAUUUUCAGAUUUUGAGGAGGCAGUUGAAAAAGAUGCUUCAAAAACUAUUGUUCAUGACGGAACAGUCCAUCCUUUGACUAGCUAUGUGAUUAAUUAUGUUAAAUUCCUAUUCGAUUACCAGUCAACAUUGAAGCUAUUAUUUCAGGAAUUUGAUAGUGGCACUGAGGCAGAAUCUCAGCUUGCUGCUGUUACCACAAGGAUAAUGCAGGCCCUACAGAAUAACCUAGAUGGAAAAUCUAAACAGUAUAAGGAUCCUGCAUUGACAUACUUAUUUCUUAUGAACAAUAUCCACUAUAUCGUUAGAUCUGUUCGCAGAUCAGAAGCAAAAGAUAUACUUGGUGAUGACUGGAUUCAGAGACAUCGCAGGAUUGUUCAGCAAAAUGCCAAUCAGUAUAAACGCGUUGCUUGGGCAAAGAUUCUUCAGACACUUUCUGUUCAAGGCGCGGGCAGCAGCGGUGACCUGACCAGCAGUGGUGUUUCAAGAGCCACGAUCAAAGAACGGUUUAAGUCUUUCAAUACGCAAUUCGAAGAGCUUCAUGCGAAGCAAUCGCAAUGGAUCGUACCUGAUCAAGAGCUGCGAGAAUCCUUGAGGCUUGCUGUAGCCGAAGUCCUGUUGCCAGCCUAUCGAUCUUUUAUCAAACGCUUUGGCAAUCUUGUGGAGAACAACAAGAACCCGCAGAAGUACGUUCGGUACAGCCCGGAAGCGGUGGACCAACUUCUCGGCCAGUUCUUCGAAGGGCAGCAAUGGGCGGAGCAAAAGCGCUGA